AUGUGUAUAGAUAUGAGAGGCGUGAUUCCUGGGAGCUACGUCUCCGGCGGUAUCUCAUCUGGCCAGCGCAUCAUGUCCGCACACCCUCGCUCCAAACACGUUCCCACAGCCAGCGUCACCGCUCUCCCGCCUACUCUUACAACCCUCCAUCUCGCACCCCUCCUUUCCUCUGCGAUUUCUAUUGAUUACCUCUUGUCUUACACCCAUGGGAGUCCAACCUCAUCAUCUCUUGACCUCGAACUAACAUCUCUCCUCCAAGAAGAUUUCACGGUUUCUGCGAUAUACACUGACCCUAUUCUGCUGCAAUACGCAAGAAUACGACAGCAUCAAACUCCGGUGGAGGAAGAAUAUAUCUGGAACUACUACGCUGACAGUGCGGAGCGAAAUGAUAGGGGCAGAUCCACCCAGAUCGUGUCAUACAAUGAUAUUAAGGACCAGGCGGUGUUACGAGUGAUAACCUAUGCCGCAGGUGCGCCUGGCGAGUGA